CUGGGUGCCCAGAUACAGUACGUACAGUACUUACAACAUUGUACUGUACAGUAAAGUAUCGGAGUAUCUGCGCACAACGUCGGCAAUGUGGUGAUAUACUGUACAGUACAUCUUUUGCUACUGUGGAAGCGCAUACUCUGCAAGGAUCAUGGCGUUUGGGGCUUGCAAUAUGGCACAAUGUACUGCAUUGUACACUACGUACAGUACGGUAUUGUCGCGAAAGGCGGAACAAGAUUGUCAGUCUUGUACGGUGCGGUACUGUACAGUUGAGCUGUGGAUACUGUACAGUAUGACACUCAGAACUCCUCACGGUACAAAUCUUGCUGUACUCAGGCCACAUGUGAAUUUUCGCGACUUCCGUCAUGUCCUCACUGACUGUGCGGUGCACUCCGCUUCUGUUCCCGGAUGUGAGCCAGAUCAGACUUGUGUGAACAGCUUGAUGCAAUCUCUCACAGCCUGCCUUGCCUUCUGGCAAUCGGCCUGAUCUCGAGCCACUGUCUAGUCAACAACAGGCA